AUGGACAAACACAGCGCUAUUGCAAUAGGCGUGACCGCCGGUCUAGGCGUCGGGUACCUCCUGGGCAAAGCCCACCCUAAUGCUCUUCGAGUCGAAACAGAUGACACACAAUUGGAGAAAUGUGCUAAGGACCUGGACGAGGUGGAGCGCCUCAUUCGCCCCAACAUUCUUGCUCUCACGCCGUAUCGCUGCGCGCGCGAUGACUACGACCAAGGAAUUCUGCUGGAUGCCAAUGAAAACAGUCUGGGUCCACCGCUAUCGGGUUAUGAGCAGCUACGAAAAAUGCACUUAGAGCGCUAUCCGUGUCCGUAUCAGCUGGAGCUGAAGAAGGCUAUUACCGACUACAGGAAUCGAAAUGCGACCGAGCAGAUCAGCGAGGCAAAUACAUUUUUGGGCGUGGGUAGUGACGAAGCCAUUGACUUGAUCAUUCGAGUCGCUUGUACCCCUCGUGUCGAUAACAUUUUGAUCACGCCGCCGACUUACGGCAUGUACAGCGUUUGUGCUAACAUUCACGACGUAGCUAUUGUCUCUGUGCCGCUGCAAAUCGAGGCACCGGCAGAGAAUCUGACCGGACUGAAGCCAGGCCUCCCUCUACCAUCCUUUCAUAUUGACCCUCAAGCGAUUUUAAACGCCGUCACUGCAUCGACGAAGGUCAUUUUCCUGUGCAGUCCCGGUAAUCCGACGGCAAACGUGCUGCGCUGCAGGGAUAUUGAGACGAUUUUGGAGUCUGAGAAGUACAAGGGCUUCGUGGUAGCCGAUGAGGCCUACAUUGACUUUGCUGACACCUCGAGCUUAUGCACGUUGGUGAACAAGCAUAAGCGGCUCAUUGUGCUGCAGACGCUGUCAAAGGGCUUUGGACUGGCAGGCAUUCGUUUGGGCAUUGCUUUUGGUGACCCGAAGCUAAUUCAAGUGCUCAACAAUGUCAAGGCUCCCUACAACAUUAGCAAGCUGACGUCGGAUGUAGCGCGCAAGGCCUUCUCGAACUUAGAGGAGCUGCACAAGAGUGUAGCCCUUAUUAAGGAGGAAAAACACCGUGUAACUGCGGAGCUACAGAAGCUCUCUUUUGUGCGCCGCAUCUACGCCUCAGACUCCAACUUCGUGCUUUUCGAGAUUCCGCAAGCACUUGCUGUCUACCGCGAGAUGGCCAGUCGUGGAGUAGUCAUUCGUUAUCGCGGCAACCAACAUUUGCUUGCUGACUGCGUUCGUGCUACGAUCGGGUCUCGUAGCGAAAACGAUCGCAUGCUCGAGUUGCUCGUGGAAGUGUCGGGCGAACAGUAA